CUAUGGCUAUGCUUUUGACUACUGGGGAAAAGGAACUAUGGUCACCGUUACCUCAGCCACCCAGAAUGCUCCGACUGUAUUUCCUCUGGCUCAAUGUGGUUCUGGGAGCGGCGACAUGGUCACCCUCGGCUGCCUCGCCACCGGUUUCAACCCCCCAUCCAUCACUUUUUCAUGGCAACAAGGCAGUACUUCUUUGGACAACUUCAUCCAGUACCCUCCGAUCCAAAAAGGCAGUGAAUACAUGGGAAUCAGUCAGAUUCAAGUCAGCAGACAGGACUGGGAAGCAAGAAAACCUUUCAAAUGUGUUGCAAAUCACGCUGCAGGACAACAACAUGCUUCAAUGGCGAAACCAAACGUGGUUUAUGAGCUUCCGACUCUUAAAGUGUGUUCCUCCGCUGACGUGGGACAAGGAGAGGCUUACUUCUCCUGCUUUGCCAAAGAUUUUUCACCAAAUACGUAUAGUUUCACAUGGAUGAAAGAAGAUCAAAACAUCACCGACACAACAGCAGUGGUCAACACCUUGUCUCAGGGAAGGAAGGACGCGAAUGGAACCGUUUUGUACAGUGCUUCAAGUCUGCUCACACUGCCGAUCAGUCAAUUAGGUGAAGGUUCAGCGCUUACGUGUGUAUUUACGGGAAGAGGAGAACGUAACACUGAUGUCCAGCGGAAUUCAACUACAUCCUAUAAGGAGUGUCGUGCUGCCAAUUGCGAAACACCAGAUGUGGAGAUAAGCAUCAUAGCCCCCGAAAGCAAGGACCUCCUUGUCAACAAAAAGGGAACUGUAACAUGUCAAGUCACCGUCAUUAGGGGAACACUUGAAAAGCUUAGCUGGGAGGACGAGAACGGAAAGGACCUGGUAGUUGAACCACUGGGUGUCAAAAGAUCAGCAGUACAGGAAGUUACGGUUGAUAUCACCUUUGAUGAAUGGAUCCAAGGAGUUAAGCGCACCUGUGUCAUUGAAAACAGCGAGAGUAUCGAGCAAUACAGAAAAGACUACUAUGGAAAUCUGAGAAAGAGUUUGAAGCGUCCAUCAGUGUUUAUGUUGCCUCCCGUAGAACAAACUAGAGAAGAUGCAGUGAUCCUGACUUGCUAUGUGAAAGACUUCUCUCCCGAGGAGGUUUAUGUGGCUUGGCUUGUCGAUGAUGAAGACGCAGAUGCAAAAUAUCUGUUCAGUACCACAAAACCGGUGGAAAACAAUGGAUCCUUCUAUGUUUACAGUCAGCUGAUUCUCACACGAGAUCAGUGGGAGCAGACUGACAUGGUGUAUAGCUGCGCCGUUUAUCAUCCAGCACUGGCAAACUCAACCAGAUCCAUUGUCAGAUCUAUUGGAUACAGAACCUUUGAAAAAACCAACGUGGUCAACCUCAACAUGAACGUCCCUGAAACGUGCAAGGCCUAUGUCAUGAGAAUUGCCUUCAUGCCAAUAAUUAUGCAAAACAUUCAUACCAUUGGUUGGAGAAAAAAUGAUAAAACCCAUAAUGCUGCAUUUAAGGCAUGUGAUCUCCUCUCUUCCACAGAUGUUCGGGUUGUCUCCCCAAACAUCACAUUGUACCCUGUUUGGGAAGGUGAAUUUGGGAACUCGCAAGUCAGACUAAUCUGUGCUUUGAGUGGCUACUUUCCUAAUAAAUUGUCCGUGGAGUGGCACAAGAAUGGCCAGAUUCUCAAAGACAUCACUCCAAAUGAGAAAACUCUUGUGGAUCAGGUCAAGAAAGCCUACAGUCGAUUCACUGAGAUCACACCCAGAACCGUUGACUGGGAGGCAGGAUCAACGUUUACCUGCACGUCUGUUCACAAUAGCAGUGUAUUUGCAAAAACAAUAGACAUUUGUCAGAUCCUUGGAAAAAACCCUCCUCUCAUUCAUAUGGAGAUACCAGCCUAUAAGACAGUGAGUGACAAGGCUUCUGUGGAAGCCACAUGUUUCAUCCGCAAUGCGCUGAAUGCCAACCUGACCUGGUUAAUGGAUGGAGUUCCCCCACAAACAACACCAAUCUUGGAUAAGAACACAACUUUUACAAUCACUAAACUGACGGUUCCUUCAACUACCUGGGAAAAGAUGACAAGUCUUCAGUGUAAAGUUGAACAUCCCUGCUUCUCGAAUGUAAAGACCGUGCACUUUUCAGGGCCUUCAGUUACACUUCCACAUGUGGAAAUCAAGAGAUUUUUUCAAGGCCUGCAGAAGGAAGAAAGUGCAGCCUUCCAAUGUGACAUCUCACAGCUGUCCUCACGGGACCUCUACGUUACGCUUAAUGCCAAUGGACAGGAUAUUUUGGAAAAACAAUACAUUAAUCUUCCUGAAGGCCCUGGCCCUCAUUCAGUCAGUAGGAUCUUCUAUGUUCCCAGAGAGCUCUGGAAAACUGAUACACGUUUAACCUGUGCAGUGAAGCAAGGCUUCUCCAGGGGUUAUAUCACCUCAAAUUCAACCAGCAAUAUUUUUGUGAACCCCUCUGUGGAACUCUAUUUGGCCUCCAGCAAAGCACAAGGUCAAAAAACGCUCCUGUGUUCUGGACUGGGCUUCAACCCACAUAUUAAAUGGUUAGACGGAAUAUCUACAUCAAGUUAUGAGAUCAGCACUGAUACAAAAGGACGUGUGGCAGUGACAAGUCAACUGACAGUUUCUGAAACAGAGUGGAAAUCAGGAAAGGUCUUCAGAUGUGAAGUCUCUGACAAGUCUAUGAAUAACGUUGUCGUGGAGGAAAUCAGCAUCUGCUCAGUUUUUUCAAGCACCCCUCCUACCUUUGAAAUGGCGAUUCCAAGCUUUAAGACUGUGAUGACGGAAUCUGUAGUGAAAGCUACAUGUUUGGUUCACACUGCUUUUGAUGCCAAAGUCACCUGGCUGUUGGAUGGACUCAGUCCCCAGAGUGACACAAUGAAGCACGUUCCAAACAAAACUCAUAUAGCCAGUGGGGUGACAGUUUCUGCGUCUCAGUGGCAGCAACUGAAAACUGUAACAUGCAGAGCAGAACAUCUGUGUUUUUCAUCUGCUGAAAAGACAGUAACUGUAUCAGGGCCUUUAGUUACACCCCCACAGGUGGAAAUCAGGAGACCUUUUCCAGACCUGCUAAAGGGAGAUAGUGCCACCUUCCAAUGUGACAUCUCUAAGCUGUCCUCGCAGGACCUCUAUGUUACAUUUCAGGCCAAUGGAAAGGAUAUUUCGGACAGAGAUUAUGUUGAUCUUCCUGAAGGCCCUGGCCCUCAUUCAGUCAGUAGGACCUUCUCUGUUCCCAGAGAGCUCUGGAAAACUGAUACAAGUUUAACCUGCGCAGUGAAGCAAGGCUUCUCCAGCAGUGUUGUCACCUCAAAUUCCAUCAGCAAUAUUUUUGUGGAACCCUCUGUUGAACUUUAUCUGGCUCCCACUGAAAGAUUGGGGCAACAAACGCUUGUGUGUUCCGGUCGGGGCUUCAAGCCACAAAUCAAAUGGUUUAAUCAGUCAGAGCAGAUGAACUCACCAACUGAGGACAGCAUGAACAAAAAUGGAGACGUUGCUGUAACGAGUCGGCUGCAUGUUGAUCAGACAGAGUGGGCAAGAGGAAUGGUAUUUGCAUGCGAAGUGUCCGACAGUUCUCUAAAUAAAAAGGUCAAAAAGGAAAUCAGUGUCUGCUCAGUCACCCCAACAUCUUCUUAUGAGGUCGCCGUCUAUAUUCAGAGACCUAAACUAGAGCAGCUUCAAAAGAGGGGAUCUGUGACUGUUACAUGUCUUUUGGUUGGCACUAGUCUGAGUGAUUUCUCCAUAACCUGGAAAUUAGGUGGUCAGCAGUCUUCCCCAGGUCACAUCCGUACGGAAAAACCUGUGAGUUGCAGAAACGGAUCGGAAACUUUACACACCUUCCUCAGUGUGUCAGCGGAGGACUGGUACUCAAAUAAACAAGUGUCUUGUGAGGCAAAACAUCUGUGCGCCAACAAAAUUUAUAAUGCCCAUAUCAGCAAAAAUACAGCUCUGUACAAACCAGUUCUGAGGAUAGUGGAACCAACUUUUACUGAGCUGUAUAGGUCAGAGAGCGUCACGCUUACCUGCUUAGUCUCAGGUUUUCUUCCAUCUGACAUCAUUGUUCACUGGGAAAAGAAUGGCCGACAACUCCCAGCUUCUCACUAUAUUAACAGUCCUUCAUGGAAAGAACCAGGAACAAGCUAUUUUUCAAUGAGGAGCAGACUAAAUGUAACUAGGGCUGAGGACAAUAAGUCGACCUACUCUUGUGUUGUCGUCCAUGAAUCGUCUGAGACUCCAGUUGUGGCCAGCAUAAGCGACAUGUUUGCCUCUGUGACCUACAGCAAACCUUCAGCAAUCUUAUUCGAGGAAGAGGACAAACUAGUAUGCCUGGUCUCAGGCUUCAGCCCACCAUCCAUCAAUAUCACUUGGUUCCGCAGUGAAACCCCACAGCUUUUGGACUACAACAUAACUGAGCCCUACCUUGGCCAGGAUGGGAAAUUCAGCAUUCAAAGCCGCCUUCGCCUGGCCCCAAUUGAUUCUUUACCAGGCAUUGUUUUAACCUGCCAGGUGACGCAUGAAGGGACCACCCUGACAGUGAAUAUGUCCAAACCAGACACACUGGACCACUGUAACUUCUUUGAUACUAUCAAGGACACUGAUGUGAGCCAAGAUGCACUCAAGGAAACCUGGUCUAUGGCGUUAACGUUCCUGUGCUUUUUCCUCUUCACCAUCAUAUUUUGUCUUGUUGUCCUCAUCGUUAAGACCAAAUAGUGACAGAGGACAUAUUGCUUUUAACUGGAUGAAGACAUAUUUUUUUAGAUUUUUUUCCCUGUUUGUUUUAGAAUGUGUGUUUUGAUGAUCAGUUUUUAUUAUUUCCUUUCGCCAAUUUUGCCAAGUUGUUUUAUUCUAGUUCAUAGUAAAUCAAUCGUUUGUUGUGUUUUUGUAGUGUAUAUGAUGUUCAAUACAUUUAAAUGCAUUUAAGAUAAGUAAACGUAAUGAAACUACAGUGGGCUAUUCUGUCUAUCCAUUUGUAGUGAACAAGUUGUCCACAAGAUGGAGACAUAGCUUUAUAUUCAGCUUUGUCUGUUCCAACUUUCAACACACAGGCCAUGCAGUUAAAUCAUAAUAGAUACCAACCGACGUUAUAUGUGUUUACAAAGAAACAAAACAACAAAUGUACAUUUUAUAAAAACUAAAUAAAAUGUUUCGCUUCCAUAUGCACAUGUGCAGUUGGUCUGUGUACAUUCUUCCAUGGAGUUUCCACCUUUUGUUUGAUUUAUGCCGGUGUGUCUAUCUAGGUACGUCAUAGACAUAUAUAAAGAGUAGACCCUGCAUAAAUGUUUGACAAUUACAUUUUUCAUGUACGU